AUGGUUUCAGCUCAUCUAUUUCAGACAUACAUUGUGGCAGAAUUGGGGUUCCUCACCAAUUAUAUGUCAGUGUGUUUGGAGUUCAUCAGUCUGACCGACUACUCCAAGCUCAUUUUGGUGAUGAUAUCAGAUGAGGUAGGAUUCAUAGUGUCCCUUGAUCAUGGUGUCUAUUCUGAACUCUUCUCUUUCUACGCAGCAGCGGGACAUAAUAGAUCCGCUUUUGAAGGAGAAAUAGAGGCCAUUAUUAUAGCACUACGCCAAUUAUGUUGCCUGGAUACGAAAUUCACCAAAGCGGUGAUACUUUCGGACUCACAGUCAGCAAUAAACUCUAUUGGAAACAGAGAGACACCCAAAACAGCUGAGAUAAAGGAAUGUAGAAAACUCUAUGAGCUGCUGAGAGAGAAAAACAAAACAGUGGUCCUGCAAUGGAUUCCUGGUCACUGUGGCAUUAAAGGCAAUGAGAUUGCUGACACACUUGCUAAGAAGGGGACAACGAUUUUGCAAUGCACGGAUCGGCCCAUGUCUUUCCACACAAUGAAGGCAUUCAUCAGGAGAGAAUUCCAGACCUCAAGGUACAACGAACUCAAAGCUCGAACAAAGGAGAAACAGUGGACAGUGGCACUGGCCAAGAAUCGAAGCCGUUGCUGA